CAUAACAUCGGGGAAGUGAACUGUUAAACUUUGCGGAGGCAAAGCAAGGGAAGUCUUCAUACAAAAGCCUCCCACAGGAACUAAUUGCACCGCAGUUAUGUCCUGGUUGGGUUACGCAGGCUAGUACUAGCGUAAAUGUGGUGUUAACUCAAUUCAGGUGUUGGAUAUAGCGUUACGGAGUCGAGGGAGAAGUAUUACGACAUCGACUUGAGCUUCCUGGGCUGAAGUCAAGCUAGGUAACCUAAACCUACAGCCGCAGAGGACACUGAAGGUGGAAAACACAGCUCAGUAAGAGGUUAAGCAGCAGUCCGACUUUGUAAGCUAUUUUUACAAGACAAUUCGGAUUGAGUUUUGGUAAAGCUCAACGGAGGUUCGCCAUGUCUCUGGCCGUGCAGAGCCAGCACUGGUUUCCUACGAGUGUACAGGUGACGGUGCAUCAGGCUCGGAACCUGCGCGUCAAGGGCAAGAAUGGCACCAACGACGCCUAUGCCAUCAUCCAGGUGGCCAAAGACAAGUUUUCUACCUCUGUGGCUGAGAAAUGUGUCGCUCCAGCGUGGAAAGAAGAGGCUUCGUUUGACCUGCCACUCUUCCACCCGGGAAACGCCGAACGCUGUACACUGUAUAUCAUAGUCAUGCACCGCGCACAAGUGGGGCUCGACAAAUUCUUGGGUCAAGCUGUGAUAAACUUAGUGGAUCUUCAUGACAACAAGUCUCGCAAAAAGACAGAGUGGUUCAAGCUGGUGGACAAGACUGGAAAAGAGGACAAGGCGCGAGGGGAGGUGUUUCUGGAUAUACAGUUUAUGAGAAACAACAUGUCGGCUAGCAUGUUUGACCUUUCUAUACAGGACAAACCACGCUCCCGAAUCUCCAAGCUGAAAGAUAAAGUCCGUGGGAAGAAAAAGGAUGGCUUCUCUGACUCGGCUUCAGCUAUUGUUCCAUCUGUCAGCCAGGUCCUCACUGACAGUGAGGGAGAGGCUGAUGCACAGUCACUCAAUCAGUCUCCAGGGGCGAAAAAGAAAUCAAAGCUCAAAACCCUCUUUGCCCCCAAAUCAAACUUGCAUCGUAACAUCUCGCAGUCCAUGUCUACAUUGGGGACUCUUCCCGAGAAGAACUCAUCUCUCAGUGGCAGCCGCUCAUCUGGCCUGAACAUAGACUCUCCUGAGGUUAAGAAGAAAUUCAAAUUCCUGGGACACAAGCGGACAGGCAGCUCUGACAGCAAGGUCUCUCAGGGUCCUUUCUCCCUACUGGGUCGCUCCAAGCAGAGCAACAGUGAUCUGAACAACCUGUGCAUCAACGGCAGCCAUGUGUACACAGAGGAGGCAGAGCCCAAGAGUGGAUCUACACUCAGUCUGAACAGCUCAGGCCAAGGCUCUGUGGAGGAUGUCCGCAAACACACCUCUGAUGUCUCUGCAGAUUCCUUUAAAAGUGUACCUGUCCCCACCUACAGGCGUGAGUCUACAGAUAGAGCCAUAAUGGAGCAACAGCGCCAUCAAGAGGAGGAGGAGAGAAGGCAGGCAGAAGAAAGGCGCAGAGCAGAAGCAAAGAGGCUGGAGGAAGAGGAGAAAUACAGAGCAGAGGCCAAGAGACUGCAGGAGGAAGAGGAGCUCAGAUACCGAGAAGAACAGGAGAGGAAGAGACACUUCCUCGAGGAUGAAGCAAGGAGUAAGAAACAGAAGGAGGAGGAAGAAGAGAAAAGAAAGCAAGAGGAAGAGCGCAGGAUACUGGAAGCAGCAGAGAAUCAGAGGUUUGAGGAGGAGCGUCGCAAAGUAGAGGAGCAGAAACGACAGGAGGAGGCCUCCAUGAGUGACAGGCUGUCGACUCUUUUUGGAAUGAUCAGAAAGAAGGAGGAGAAAAAAGAGGAGGUUCAGCAACACACUGAAGAGGAGUUACCUACACCAGCCCCUCGCAGUGACUCAGGAGAUCCUGAUCAACCGAUCUCCCACCAUUCCACCAACCCCUUUGUGGACAUUCCCCUCAGUUUAGAUCCUACAAUUAGCAGUAAUGAAAGCAAAGCUGAUCAUCAAAUAUCCAGCCGCAACCCACAAACCCCCUCUGCCAUGGUCUUCCUCAACCGCACGGCUAAAGUGUCUGCAGUCAAACCCAGAUUGGCUCAAUCUCUGAAGUGUGAACCCGCUGACUGCCAAACCCACAGUCAGCUGUGUCCUUCCCCAGCCACAUCUGAGUCCAACCUCUGUAGUGUCACAUCUGAGUCCCCUGAUAAUUUCUCCAACCUCCACUCAUCCUUGGCUCCGCCAAACAUAAGUCAAAACCAGUCUGGUUUGCCCUGUUGCAGCACAGAGAAUUUGUCAUCGGUGGAAUCUUUGGGAUCUUCAACCACCAUGGCGGAGAAGAAGAGAAAAGCCCCCCUGCCACCUCGGUAUCAUGUACAUGGAACCCAAAUUGGAGGAAAUCACGUUCCUGUCAGAGAGAUCAAGAACCCUGCAUAUGUAGAAGCAGAUGGAUCACAACAUGACAAAAAAACGUCUCUUCCACUUCCUGAUUAUGAAACCCUCUAUCCACAGAAAAGGCAUGGAGUGCAAGGGCACACUCGAUGGGAUCAUAUAAUCGCUGAGGUCAGUCAGAGACACAGGGACACUCCACCUGAAUUUAUUGGCCCAGAGAUGAGUGUGGAUGGCCCAGGGGAGCAUGAACCAAGUCCUAGGUCUUCCAUCUCACAACAGAGUCCUGCUAUGAGGUAUCAUCAAACACAAAGUCAGGAGACCAAACCUAUGUCAUCAAAAAAAGUAGCUGCUCCAGCUCCCCCCAAACCAGUCACAUCUCAGCACCCUCAGUCAGUAGCAGAUUCUAGUCAAAGACAAAGCCAGAACAUUGCUGAGCAAUCUGUCAUGAGGCCUAAUCUAUCUGCAAUCCCAGGACCUGUAAACACUGACAUCUCAAGCAGAGAAAGUCUCUCCGGGAUGUCAAUGGAUGGAGCAAAGAAGGUGUUGCACCCACCUCCUGCAGUAACACAUGUACCCAGCCCAACUAGCCACAUGGAUACAGCUCCAGCAGAUGAACAAAGGGAAGUGCAGUUCUCCAUGAACAAAGAAGCGCCAACAACCAAACCCAGACGGAGGGUUAACGGCAAAGAGCCAACACAGCAAGAAGAUUCUGCUGUGACACCGGACAAAAAUAUGAACAGUGACACCCAAAAGUUAUUUAGUCAAAGUGUGAGCAGCUUGGACAAAAAGGGCGGGCAGACAAAGGAGAACUUUUCAGAGUUUGACCCAUUCCCCAGUACUGAGUUUCUUUCCAAAGGCCCAUGGACACAGGUGAAGCAGAAGCAAGAAGUCGGCGACCUCUUUACUGGCAACAUACAGAAAGAACAGAAGCCUGACGAUCGGGGAAUGACGGCAGAUGAUCUUUAUAAAAUUUUUAGUGAAGAUGAGCCAACAGAUUCCUUUGCUAUUUUUAAUGGCAGUGAUUCAGACAAACACAGUGAACACAGGAAAAAAGAUGAUGAUUCAAAACAAGUCAGUUCUGUUUUCCAAAGAAGGAAUUCGCAGAGACAAAAACAGAUUCUUACGCCAAAAACUCCCUCAGAUAAUAAAGGCACACAAAGCCUCCCCACAAGCGAUGUCAUGAAUGAGUCUGUAACACUUCAGCAUCAAGUUGAUUUAAAAACACAAAGCAAUUUUUAUGGAGGAGAGGAUCCAUUUGGAGCUGAGACUUUUACUGCGCCCUACGCUUUCACUUCCUCAGAUCCCCUCCAGGUAAUUACGGAGGAACCAGCAGGAGGUUUGUCUUUGGGAAAGACGACACUAAUGCGAGCAUGGGUUUCACCGUCUGAGGUUCAGCCUGUCAAUGCUCAGAUUAGCAAUGGAGGUGGGCUAGCCUCAACGCCACGCAGGCCUCAUCCCGUGAAGCCCCUGACCUCAGUUGAGAGCCAGCAUGCCACCAGCACCCAAGCUGUGAAAGAGAUAAAGGUCCGGGACAGCACACUGGGGAAGAUUAAGGUGGCAGACUCAGGUCAAAGUGGACCCUAUUCUCAGCUGACCCAGGAAGAGCUGAUCACACUGGUGGUGAAACAGCAAACAGACCUGUCCAGGAAGGACGCCAAGAUCGUUGAGCUCGAAGAGUACAUCGACAACCUGCUGCUCCGCGUCAUAGAGGAAAAACCCAGUAUCCUGCAAGCCCUUAGCCCUGCCAAGCCAGUGUAAGGUCAUGGUUCCUCGAAGGAGAGAGUCCCACUUAAGGUCCCAGUUUUGUCUCUUGUGUGAGUUUGUACUGUUGUCACUGUGUACUGAGAGACACAAUCUCUAUGAAGGUCUUAGAGCAUAUGCACUUUUUUUAGUUUCAGAGUCAAAUUUGUUUGAGAAUGCUGGAAAGUUGUCUUUGAACUAAUUAUACUUGGUGAUUACUUAAUGACAAGCGAGUAAAUAUCUUUAUAUAGGCAAAUUAAGGUAUUUGUUGUGACACUAAGGUACUAGAAUUUGCUUAAAAAAAACGUAUUACAUGAAAAUAUAUUCUUCAUCUUGAUUUAUAUACCAUACUUGAUGAAACUUGGGUUGAGCUUUAUUUAAUAUACUUACAAUGCAGAGAAAAGUAUAGUUUUCUUAAACUAUUCUCUGGACAUUUUUUUUUUUUUUUUUUAAACUCUUUACACUGGGCUUUGUGUAACGUACUACUGUGCGAUGCCUUAACAUACGCAUAAACUACAACCAUUCCAAAUUCAUGCACCAUCUUGAUGAGGUAGGAAUGAACGGUAAAUAUAUUUGCAAUAAAUUGUUUAAUUAACUUGCAGUGCAUUGCUGCAGAUAGUAACUAUGAAUUCUGGCCUCAUCAGCCAAGUCAAGACCAUGAUUGUUCAUAUAACAAGAGCACGCUGACUUUUCCCUCCACCACUGAAGUCUUAAUUAUUUAUUUUCAUCAAGCAUGUAUUUUUUUAACCAGUUUCACCUGUGUCACUCACCACAGUUGAAUGUCAGCUGGGCGUCCAGUCCUUAAAAAGAUAUUGUGCCUACUUUUGCUUCAAAGAGGUGUUAUUUAGAAAACCAGCAAUUAAUAAAAGCAAGCAGCUACUAUGUACUGUAUAUACCUUGAGUACACAGUAGUUACAGCAGUUUUUUUCCUUUAUGUGGUAGUAAUGUAGCCUGUGCACAUUGCUGAAAGUAAAAUAUUAUGCAAGUAAUAGUAAAUACUCAAAACUCUUCUAAUAAUAAUGUAAGAUUUUGAUCACUGUGAUGUUUGUGUUGUAUUUAUAAAAUAAAAACCAAGAGCUGGUCAAAAAUGAAUCAUCAGAGGAACCCUAAUAGACUCAGUAUCAGUAAUAACUAGCCUUGUCUUUGUAUUUGAACUACAUAAAUGAAUGAAAACCUGCAUCUACGCCUUUACAUGAUAAUACUGUUUGAUGUCUUGGCAGAAAUUAUAGCAAUAUUAAUCUUCAGAAUGUACAGACCUGUGCCUUCAAAACCUUUUUUCAUGACUUUUAUGUUUGCUGGAUGUUGGCUAUCUCUCUGCUUUUUCUGGAGUGAGAGUUCAACAAAUUUGCAGCCUGAUGUGUUUGUCUGACGUGAAAAAAUUCUACAGCCAAUGUAAAACUUCUGAAAGGAGUGAUUACUCAGCAAAAUAUGGUUUUAUUUGAAAUAAAGACACUAAUUAUUUCCCCAGAUUUUUUGUAUCUGCAAUUACUUACAAUAAUUUUAUGUACAUUUUGAAAGAAAUAAAACCAACUUGCAGAAAUGAAAUGUUAAUCUACAUAACACUUAUCAUUUUAUAAGCCUUCAAACAAGCUACAAAUUGCAUUGACAACUCCAGCUGUUGUCUUAUGUGUUUUUCGUUAUGUGUAUCUCCCACUUCCAGCAGGGUUAUGUUGUUUAGUAAUCAUUUUGUGUAUUGUAACAUUUAUCAAGAAAAAAAUAAUUUUAAAAAUAUAUAUAAAACUUACAGUUCAGAAAACAAAAUAAAGUAGUUGGGACUGAUCUAUGAACAGACGACCACAGGGCACAUCUAUUUCAUGCAACAGCUGCGUAGGAAAGGAACAUAAAUGGCUUUGGGAUGGGAUACCUUUUUUCCACACACAAACAAUGCGUCGAUACAUACCUGUUGUAGAGUUGUGGAGCAAGAUACAAAAUCUUUUAUAAAAAAAAGCUUCCUUGUAUGAAAUGAUGAACAUUUAAGCCAUUGUCAUCAAACCAGCUGAUAAAGGAGGUGGUAUCUAUAUCCUAGAUGCUGAGAAAUAUAGGCAUGAAAUUCUCUCUAAAUUGUCAAAUGCCAGACCCCACCAUUUCUUUUCAACAGGAAAUACCUUCUUAUCUUGAAGAUGCUAAAAAGAGAGGUUGGAUUUCGGAAUCAGAACUUGAUUUUCUAUAUUGCAAGCUCCCUACACGGCCUAUAAUAUACACUUUGGCUAAAGUACAUAAAUCCCUAACCAACCCUCCAGGCCGUCCCAUUGUGGCACAUAAACUUUGUGGACUUCUUCAUUAAGCCCCCCUCCACACCCUGCCAGUCUACAUCAAGGACAGUAGUGAUUUCAUUGAUAAAAUUUCAUGCCAUCUUUCAGCUGACUCCUGAUAUCACGAGCCAUCAUACUAACAUACCCCAUGAAGGUGGUUUGGAGACCUUAAGUUUUUAUUUACAAGACCGCAACAACACAUCCAUCCUUCCUAACCAGCCUAUCAUUGACUAAGCCAAAUUUGUUAUGAAAUACAACCAUUUCAGUUUUGAAAAUGAUUUAUAUUUUCAAGCAGGAGCAUGGGCACCAUUGUGCACCUGAUUAUGCUAAUUUAUCUGUAGUUUUUUUUGGGAGAAAUUUUGUCUUCAGUCAAGAACAAUCAUCUGUCUAAGAUUAUAAAAUGGUACAGAUUCAUUGAUGACAUCGUCUGUAUAUAUGAUGGAAGUUCAGGUGAACUGGCAAAUUUUGUUACUCAAUUUGUUACUGCAAUUUACAUCAAAAUACAGUCAUGAAAAAGUGAGUUUCUUUGACAUGUGGGUCACGAAAAAAAUGGGUUCCAUCAUUACAACACUCUACUGGAAGGACACUGACAAAAACGCCUUGUUGCUGGCUACAAGUUUUCACCCUACUUCCUUUUUUUGAUUGAGAAAGACCUGUGAUUCCAUAGAAGACUUCAUGGAGAGGGCCAGGGGUAUGAAAAACAGAUUUGCACAGCAGGGACAGCUGCAUUUCAAUGACGCUCGCAAUGACAUCGCUUUAUUACGUUUCUUUGGUAUCAAACAGGUCACCUACCAUUGGGGGGGGGGGCAUAACAAACUACUCAAACAGCGUGAGGCUUCAUGGAUUUAUACUUUUCAAACAUUAGCCCUUAAAAGAUUGAAUGAUGAAUUACUUCGUAACUUUUUCUUGUGAUUCCUUACUCUGAAUAUUUUCAGUAUAUCUCCUGUACAUUGUUUUCUGUGGACUUCUUGUCCAGCCCCAGACAGUCCUGUAUACUUAUGAAUAAGUACGUAUGUUAUUGGCUUCAUUUACCAAUGUGACCUGUUGAUUGUGUCCAUUUAUAUAUGUAUGCAUUGAUGCAGCAUGAAUCUUCCUAGACUAGAUGUCCAUUAUAUUUAUUAAUUUGGAAGGUCAAAGUAUAUUUAUGAUUGGUGAUGACUUUUUUAUAUGCUAUGUUAAGUUCAUCCAACAAAUGUAAGCUACCACAUAUGUGCAUUUUUUGAAUGUAAUUCUUUUCUUUGGGGCCUGCAGGAUCUAUUUAGAGGUAGAGGUAGAUUUGAUUAUUGUUACUUAACAUCUGUAGUGUUUGCCCAUUAGAAUUGUGAGAGGUCUUGUUGUAUUUAUUUAUUAUGAAGAGUUCUAUUUAUGUACUGAUGCUGUUUUCAUAUGCCAUGUAAUUGUAUCCCUCCAGGUUCAUCUAAAAUGUGUUCUGUAAUAUUUGGGGAAUGUAUCUUUUUGAGAAUACAGUUUAGCCUUUAGGGCCUUAGGCAUUCGUUUUAUAGUAAUUUACCCAUUUCUUGUAAGAUUUUUGGGGUAAAUUUACUAUGUAUUAUUGCUACAAUAUAUUUUGAAUUUUCUAGCUGUACGUAUGAUUCGAGAAACUUUUAUACAGUAAAUUGAUGUUUGGUAUUCAUGUCUUUCUAUUUCACAUGGGGUAAUGUGAUUGGUUGCAGGCCUAAAGCCACUGCUAUUUAAGAUGGCUCCUCAUUGUCACAAACCAUUUGCCUGGUGAAAGUCUAGCAGUGAAACGUUGAAAAUAAAUUUAUCAUUGCAAGUUAGACAGUGUGUGGGAUUUUGUUUGCUAUGUUGGACUGAUCCCUAAAAA